GGGCUGAAUCCCUCGACGGAUUCCUAGCGGCGUGCAAUCUGUCCCUGACGCCAUGGUGUGGAUGGAUUGAUUGCCGCUGGUAUGAGAGCGGAAGAGUGUGGAGUGGGCAAGGUUUGUUUCUAGGCGCGCUGAUGAUACUGGUGUAAAUCCCGCCCAGGUCGGUCUCUUCUUCAUUCUUCCAACUACCUACGUCGACCGCGUCGCCACCGGUACACCUUUUUGCUCUGUCGAGCUGUCCAUUCCUUUGUCCAAAUCUCCCUUUAUCUUCUUGUCGCUGCUUCAUCCCCACUUUACCACUUGAUACCCACUAGUAUUCUUGAAACGCCAACCGUAGCCAUGCCCGGACUGCUCACGCGAUCAAAGUCCCUAAGGUUUCUAAAGGGCAGCCGCAAGGAGCAGGAACAUGAAUAUUCCAUGCCGCCCCCGAACGCGCCUCAAACAGACCUUGACAGAUACACCUCGGCUACCCAAAUCCCAAGACCAGAAAGCAAAUUGGAAACCCAGGAUCUGAUGGUACGGCCGAGCACGUCAGGUGGGACCGAAGACCGCGCAACAAUGUUCUACACGAAGAAAACAAAUACUUCCACAUCUGCAGAUUCGCAGGACCAAGUCCAAGCCUUCAUUCCUCCCACCAAUUCGACCACAGUACUCUACACCGCAGAAGUCACAGAGGAGCAGGGAAUUAUUGGAAUUGCUUUGGGCUCUCCCACGGUGGGUUCGCACUGGAACACAACACCUCAGGCCUCAUGCUUGGAGUUGGAUUCGCAUGGUAAAGACACUCAAAUGGCAACCCUCCAUUCAAACGGCUCUGUAGCUAGCCGCCAGGAACCCGCCAAGGCCAAGAUCAGCCGAUGGAAAUCAUUGUUCAGAAAAGCGGCACCGCCACCGCAGGAGAAGCCUGCUUUCUAUCAGCUGGCACAAACUGUGACGGCUGGGCCUCGCGCAGACAGUCCCCAGGACAAGCAUUCAUUGGAGUCGCCUGUAACAUUAAAGCAAGAGAAGGGAACGUCGCGCACCGCUUCGCCUCUCACCUAUAAGCCGGAUAUCAGAGCCUCUCGCAAAGCAGGCGAAGAUGAUUUCAUCGCUCCUCGGUCACCACCGGAGCCAUCUAUGAAAAGAGGUCGCGCGGUAACUCUUGGGGUUGCUGCGUUCAACCCCCAAUCAACGGCGACAAUUCAACGGUCCAAUACAACACCCAAUCUUCCCAGGAAUAUGCCAGACAAGCCUCCCAAUGUACCGCAAGUGGUGGUCUCAAAGAGCGCGAGCAAUGCAUCAGUUCCUGCAUCUGAAGGGGGACUCCUCGACAUUAGCAUUCCUGAUAUCACAAUGGAAAGGUACAGUGUCAUGUUUGGCAACCUGCUUCAAUCGAAUUCGAACCGGUCGUCCUCACUUCUGGCGAGAAGAAAUGGGAAUGCUGAAAAGCUCAAACCGCUGAAUGGGCUAUUCGUUAAAGGCGAACAUGAGAGCCCCAUGGACUACAAACUCCAGCGCAGGGCAACAUCACCCACAUUUCCGUCUCCAUCGCCAAGACUAUCCCUCUUUCCGUCCACAAAUCCCGCUCGCGCACCCUCACCACACUUGACAUCCGCAAACCGCGCAACGAAAGCACUCCAGCGAUCGAGGACGGCACCAGCUAAAUCACCACUUAGACAACCUCUUGUUCCGACCACGGAGGAGAAACCAACGAAAUCCGACUUGGCGACGCUCAGACCGACAGCAUCGCCAUUGCAACCCGUCUUUACGCCAACUUCAGUCGAAAGCUUCGAGUCGGACGCGGAAUCCAUCACCAUCUUAGUAGGGCACUCCCAAUCCCAGCCGUUGAAAUUUCAUCUCGACGAACGGGAACCGGAAUGGGAGAUGUACCCGAAACCAAAACCACUGGCGAUUUCCAAGCGUGACAAUACGGCCUCUGGCGCUACGCCUCUGUUGAUCAAGGCGGCAUCAACAACGAAUCUAGCACGUACAGCCUCGCAACGCCAACCAAAAGUCACAAAGAUGAGCGCUUUGUCAUCCCAUCCCUCUGAAUCUUCCAGUCCGCCGCCGGGUGCUAGUCGAGCAGACGUGGUUAGACGCAACGAGAAACGUACUGAAAGUGAGACUCGCGGGGAUGGAGCGACGGCGCCAAAGGCUAUGGUUGGAGUUGCAAGAUCGAUUAGUGUAUCCAGGGCAAACAGCCCCCGAGCGCUGGUCCAAACGACGCUAGAUGUUGCGAGUCCCAAUACCGAGCGGUUGGUGGCAAGACAAGUGCUCACGCCUACGAUGGUGGACGUCAAGAACCGGAGAAGCCACAGGGUGCAGCUCGUGGACGCCUAGGCCGUCUUUUCUUUUCCCUCCACCCACGACUUUGAUUCUUUUCGUGUUGAUUACUUUUACACCUUCUUUGUUAGCGACUGGGGCCCAGCUUGGAGUCUGGUUUUGGAAAGCGCCCUUUUUUUUUCUUGGUGUUGUCGGUGUUGGAGAUGCAUCGGGCGUCCUGAUACAACGCGAGUUGCAGCGUUGAGCGUUGGAUCAUGCCGUCUUCCUUAGGCUAGGGUGUUCUGCUGGAUGGAUUAUAUAUCUUCGGAGAUUGCUCUUCUCGUAUGUUUGGGACAUGAUCUUGUCACCGCAGAGCGGUACGCAUGAAAUUGAGUUGGGAAGGAAGGAAGAUACCAUGUUUUUGGAGCUAGGCGAAGUGCAGAUGCACCCAUUAUCCCUUGACGGCUCAUACAAGCUCAAUUAAGCUUCCCUUUUGCCUGUGCU